AUGGGCAGACUUCUAACUCCUGCUGCUGCUCCUGCUGCUGCUGCUGCUGCUGCUGCUGCUGCUGCUGGUGGUAGUGGUGGUGGUGGUGGUGGUGGUGGUGCUGGUGGUGGUAGUGGUAGUGCUGGUGGUGGUGCUGGUGGUGGUGGUGGUGGUGGUGCGGAGGCAGCGGCUGUUGCAGAGGCAGCAGCAGCUGUUGCAGAAGCAGCAGCAGCAGCAGCAGCAGCAGCUGCUGCUGCUGCUGUUAAUGCUGCAAGAGUCCCCGGGCAAUGGAGACAGCCGGUCUGUGGCUGUUUGCUGUAA